AUGAGUAAACGAUCUGAUUGCCAGAAUGAUGAAUAUACCUACAGAAACAAGUAUGCUAGGAUAAGUGAUACCAAUGAAGAACAUAGCACUCAGGAUGUUCGAUCAUUUACUCAAGGUCCACUAGAUGCAACAUUUGGCCAACAUGCAGCAUUUCCUCUUACACAAUCCCAUGAAAUCACAGAUCCCAUAACGGAUUCUGUUCAGUCAUACUUGGAAACUGUCAGAAGGGAAGCGGAAAAAGACCAGUGCAUUUACUUUGCCAACAGGGAUUCACAAGAAAGUACGAAAAACGAAAAUGUUGACGAAAACGAAACUAAGAACGAAACCAAAAGCUUGGAAAGCAAUAGAAAAGACCCAGAAGUUGCAAUUACCAUUAUCGAAAACCAAAUAUGGAAGAAGGAGCUUAUAGAGGAAUUUUUACACUUGAAAGAAGCUGUCGAACUGUAUGCUCAGUCGUUAAAGCUGCAGCCAAGUCAUAUCUCAGAGAACGUGUCAGAAGUUGAAACAUAUAAUGAAAUACCUUUUGAUAUCCCACAAACUGCAACUGCCUGGCGACAGUAUAUUAUGAACAAUCAUCCCCCACCAAUCAAAUUCUUUUUCAUUCAUUUAAACCGACCUACGAUAAUAAAGCUUCUCAUAUAUGUAACUAAAUGGUUAAGCGCAAAUAGCAAUGAAAAUCUAUCUAAGUGGAUAUUUCUGCUCUUUUUACGGCUUGAUAACCUUUUAGAUCAUAUAGAUUGUUCAAUUGUAAGGGACUUGGCUAAGAAGGCCAUAAAAAUAAAAGUCAACACAGACCCUCAGGAUAUAAAUGAUGUUUCAAACUAUACAAUUGACAUGGUCAUAGUCAUUGUGGGAGAGUAUUAUAGACAAAGAGACCUACUUGUAUAUUAG